CAAAACUGUAACUAGACUUAGACAAGAUAAACCAGUAAUGAUUUCCACCUUUGAGCAGUACAUGUUCCUGCACCACGCCGUGCAGGCUGGUGUAGCCUGUAUAGGCAGCUACACACACAUCAGCGCCAUCUUUCUCAAAGUACAUCUCAUGGGGAAAAACUGUCAAAGAAAGAAGUAAUUUUGAAACAGAAUUCAAGAAUUUGUGUAAUGUGGAAAUGAAGAUGAGCGCCGGUGAUGCGAUUGCUACGGAAGAUGAAACAAGUAAAGAUAGAUUCAGCAUUUUUCCAGACAAGAAGCACAACCCUGUUUUACAAAUCGACUCUGAGGGAGACGAGGACUAUAUCAAUGCUGUCAAAGUGCCUAGCCUGAAUACUCAGCCUGAACAGUUUCUGACCCAGCUGCCCAUGCCCACUACGGUCAAUGAUUUCUGGAGACUGGUCACACAGUAUAAAGUCUCCUUGAUUGUUGCUUUUAAAUCCUAUGAAAAUGACAAGACAUUAGCUACCUAUUUACCUAACCAAGUCAAUGAACCACUACAAUGUGGAAACUUAACUGUCAAUGAAUAUUCAAUAAAUAUAGCACCAACUUGGGAAGAAAUGAAGCUCAUUGUUCAGGGCCAACACUCCCACAAAGUGACGCAUCUCACGUACACAAAACCUGACGUUGAGCCGAAGUAUCUCCUACCGUUUGUUCAACGCGCGCGAGCCUUGAGAACCCUCGGAGAUGCAGUAGUUUACACGUGCAGUAUUGCUACAUUGUGCCAGCCUGAAAAGAAAUGUGCUAAUUUCUACCUAACUCUAUCACUAACAUGA